AUGUAUAGAGCAAUAUCCAUUGGGUGUGAGUUUGUGAUUAUGGUUACUUCACUCCUGGCGUGGCUUCUAACAGUUAAAGAUGUUGGCUAUCUUUCUGCGGAGAUUGCGGGAAUUUGCAAGAACUGCGGGAGGGAGGAGGAACCAAAGGACUGGAGGUGGGGGACCAGAGCAGGGAAGGUAUCCAGAGCAAAGCAAAACCGAUCAGAAACGAACAUAAUGGGCACUGCUAUUAAUUUGAAGCGCGCAAUUGUUUCUGUCUUGGUUCCACUUCCUUCAAUUCUCUUCUAUCUCUACUUCAUCAACCAUUACAAAACAAGUACUAGUGAUGGCACUACAGUCUCUCCUUUCUGGUCAUGGUGCGUCGACCACCCUCUUCUUUUGGUCAACGCCCUCUUCUUCUUCAAUGUCAAUGUCCUCUUCUGGCUCAUUAGUCAAAUCCAAAAGAGCCACUGGAUGAUAGAUUUGUAUUGGACUGUGAUACCAAUGUUGCUUGCUUAUUGCUAUGCAACAUACCCUUCGGCCCAAUAUAAUAUGUGGAGGUCGAGAAUUGUAAUAGCGUUGGCAUGGGUGUGGAGUUUGAGGCUUACCCAUAACUACUUUAGGCGGGAAAAGUGGCAAUGGGGUGUCAGAGAGGAUUGGAGGUUCACUGAGAUGCGUGGCCAGUAUGGCAAACAUUGGUGGUGGAUUUCCUUCUUUUCUGUCUAUCUUUCUCAGCAGGUGUUUCUGAUUGGAAUAUGUCUCCCUUUGUACAUUGUUCACUCAGUUGAUCAGCCAUUGGUUGUCUGGGAUUUUGUUGCUGUUGCUGUAUGCUUGUGUGGAAUUGUGAUUGCAUACUUUGCUGAUACGCAACUUCAUGAAUUUGUGACAAGAAACGAGAAAUUAAAAGAGUUUGGAAAACCAAUGGCGCCAAAUCUUGAUAGGGGCUUGUGGGGUUAUUCACGGCAUCCAAAUUAUUUUGGGGAGCAGUUGUGGUGGUGGGGACUGGUGGUAUUUGCAUGGAACCUGGGACAUGGAUGGACUUUCGUAGGGGCCCUCGUUAAUAGUAUGUGCUUAGCAUAUGUUACUGUACUUGUUGAACGGCGGAUGCUGAAACAGGAGUACAGGGCUGAAGCAUACAGGCUGUAUCAGAAGACAACUUCAGUGUGGAUCCCUUGGUUCAGGUCAUCUGCUUUUGCUAGAAAAGAUAAGAACACUUGA